CCGUUGAUGAUGAAGGGCAGGUGUUUUAUUAUUGCUACGCCACAGAACAAAUCCUUGCCUGAGCUCUUGAUCCUAACCUUGACUCAGAUUAGGGGACGCUUUGUGAUGCAUAUUGGAACCUUGACACCGUGUAAGGCUUGAGGGCAAGGUUCUGACGAUCAACAAUGUUGAGUAGAUAUCACUAAUACAUCUCAUAUGGACCACCCUACUAAGGAGCAGCUGACAACUUCCCUGGUUGGCCACUGUAGGGACUUUUGAGGUUGACUCUCUUGAGGACUACGCCAAGUGUCAGUAUCAAUGGAUUCUAUCUUCAGCUACCAGAGGGAUGAGGAUGAGGACUUCUACAAGAUUCUGGGAUGUGAUGAGCAGUCAACGACAGAGCAGAUUAAUCAGGAGUUCAAGCUGAAGGCUCUGGACUGUCAUCCUGACAAGAAGCCAGAUGAUCCGGAAGCAGCUGAAAGAUAUCAGAGACUUCAGCAAGCGAGGGACGUUCUUGUCAAUGAAGAGAGCCGGUCCAAGUAUGACCACUGGCGCCGGAGUGGUAUUGCCAUGCCGUACAAACAGUGGGUGUCUAUGGGCAAGUCUGUGCACACUUCCAUGCACUGGGCCAUGAGGACUAAAAAGGAUCCCAUGCUGGAUAACAAGCCUCACUCUGACCAAUCAGAAGGUGGAGAGGACGGUGGAAUCAACAACUCAAAACCUCUUAGUCAGUCAAAAGAGUCUGAAAGAGCUGCUGCUGACUCACCAGAGCAUCCCUCUCCAAGCAAGAGACUACGAGUAUUUGCAGAGUCCUCACAUUCAGGACAAUCUUCAACCAUAGCCUGGUCCAGAGGGGGAAGCUGGUCCACCCAGUCACCAAAUGAGACACUCCGGAAAUUCAGAAACUAUGAGAUAUAGCUGCAAUACUGUCAUGAGCAGUAUGGGGGAGUUCUUUUCAUUUGGCAGAUCCACUUGAGAAAGCAAUGUGUAGGGACUAGGCUAUGCAUGUGUGUAUGUCUCCAUUCCAUUCAGGUAUCUUAUUUAUUGCUCAAUAAAAGUAUGAUAGGUAGUCUUUGUUUGUUUCAUGUGGUCUUACAGUUAUAUUUGUACAUACUAUAGUUUUAUCAAACUCAUUUCUUAUGUUGUAUUUGUGUACAGACUACAGUACUAUUACAUAAACGUACAAUUGAAUUAUAUUGUGUCAUGUUUAAACUGGGAUGAUAUGAGGUAUACAGACAUGUUAUAUGACCUCCUUGGAUUAAUCUGUAGUAUCAUUGCUGCAUUUACAUUAUGUAACAGUGGGUAAUGUCCUUAAGACUACUGAAAGACAAGAUACCUAAACAUACUAGUGCUGAAGGUUUUUCCUGUAACAUGCCAGCUAGCCAGCACUAGUGUGCCGGUGCCAUUUGGGAGUAAUAUUUGUCUUGACAUCCCUUGACAGCCAUCAGUACUGUCAGAGUGUUUGGCCAAGUUAUGCUGCUAAUAAAAUACUAGUAGUGUUCAUGUUUGUA